AGGCGGCAGGCGCCCGGAGCCGCGCGAGGAGCCGCGGCCGCCGCGCCAUGGAGCCCGAGUGAGCGCGGCGCGGGCCCGUCCGGCUCCGGACAACAUGGAGGCGGCGCCGCCCCGGCCUCCGCCGCCGCCGCCGCUGCUGCUGCUCGCGCUCUGCUGCAGCCUGGCCCCCGCCGCGGCCUCGCCGCUCCUCCUGUUUGCCAACCGCCGGGACGUACGGCUGGUGGACGCCGGCGGAGUCAAGUUGGAGUCCACCGUUGUGGUCAGCGGCCUGGAGGACGCGGCCGCGGUGGAUUUCCAGUUCUCCAAGGGAGCCGUGUACUGGACGGAUGUGAGCGAGGAGGCCAUCAAGCAGACCUACCUGAACCAGACGGGGGCUGCCGUGCAGAACGUGGUCGUCUCCGGCCUGGUGUCGCCCGACGGCCUGGCCUGCGACUGGGUCGGCAAGAAGCUGUACUGGACGGACUCGGAGACCAAUCGCAUCGAGGUGGCCAAUCUCAAUGGGACGUCCCGGAAGGUCCUCUUCUGGCAGGACCUGGACCAGCCGCGGGCCAUCGCCUUGGACCCCGCUCACGGGUACAUGUACUGGACAGACUGGGGAGAGAUACCCCGGAUCGAACGGGCAGGGAUGGAUGGCAGCACCCGGAAGGUUAUCGUGGACUCGGACAUUUACUGGCCCAACGGGCUGACCAUCGACCUGGAGGAGCAGAAGCUGUACUGGGCGGACGCCAAGCUUAGCUUCAUCCACCGCGCCAACCUGGACGGCUCCUUCCGGCAGAAGGUCGUGGAGGGCAGUCUGACGCACCCUUUUGCCCUGACGCUCUCUGGAGACACUCUGUACUGGACAGACUGGCAGACCCGCUCCAUCCACGCCUGUAACAAGAGGACUGGAGACAAGAGGAAGGAGAUCCUUAGCGCCCUCUACUCGCCCAUGGAUAUCCAAGUGCUCAGCCCAGAGCGGCAGCCUUACUGUAAGUCGGGGCCAGGCUGGGGGUGGGGCAGGCUGGGAGAGGCCCCUCCGCAGAGCUGGUGUCGGGGUUGCUUCAGGCAGGGCCCUGCCCCAGCGCUCCUCGGGGGUGGCAGAGGGAUUCCCAAGGAAGGUUGCCCUGUUUUCAAGGCCCAGCAGAAGGUCGUGGAGGGCAGUCUGACGCACCCUUUUGCCCUGACGCUCUCUGGAGACACUCUGUACUGGACAGACUGGCAGACCCGCUCCAUCCACGCCUGUAACAAGAGGACUGGAGACAAGAGGAAGGAGAUCCUUAGCGCCCUCUACUCGCCCAUGGAUAUCCAAGUGCUCAGCCCAGAGCGGCAGCCUUACUACCACACGCAAUGUGAGGAGAACAACGGCGGCUGCUCCCACCUGUGUCUGCUGUCCCCGAGGGAGCCUUUCUACGCGUGCGCCUGCCCCACCGGUGUGCAGCUUCAGGACAACGGCCAGACGUGCAAGGCAGGUGAGCCAGGGAGCCACCAGCCUGGCUGCCCCACGAUCUGCUUUCCUUGCGGAGGGCUUCAUGAGGUCCGGGCUCUGAACGUUGGCAGCCGAGCAGCUGGGGUUCAGGUCAGAUCUGGGCUCUGCUGCCUGAUGGGCGAACGACCUCGGGACUCAGGUUCCCAAACGAAGCCUCGUGCAGCCGUGGAGCCAGCGCCCACCCCCUCUUUGCUGGGCCUCUGGCGUCUAGAGCCUGUGUCUUCCCGUCCAGGGACCAACCCGUGCGCGGACAGGAAUGGGGGCUGCAGCCACCUGUGCUUCUUCACGCCCCGUGCCGCCAAGUGCGGCUGCCCCGUCGGCCUGGAGCUCCUGCGUGACAUGAAGACCUGCGUCGUCCCCGAGGCCUUCCUCGUGUUCACCAGCCGGGCCGCCAUCCACAGGCUCUCCCUGGACACCGGCAGCAACGACGUGGCCAUCCCGCUCACGGGCGUCAAGGAGGCCUCUGCGCUGGACUUUGACGCGUCCGACCACCACAUCUACUGGACGGACGUCAGCCUGAAGACCAUCAGCCGAGCCUUCAUGAACGGGAGCUCCGUGGAGCACGUGAUCGAGUUUGGCCUCGACUACCCGGAAGGCAUGGCCGUCGACUGGAUGGGCAAGAACCUCUAUUGGGCGGACACCGGGACCAACAGGAUCGAAGUGGCCCGGCUGGACGGGCAGUUCCGGCAGGUCCUUGUGUGGAAGGAUCUGGACAACCCGAGGUCGCUGGCCCUGGACCCCACCAAAGGCUACAUCUACUGGACCGAGUGGGGCGGCAAGCCCAGGAUCGUGCGGGCCUUCAUGGACGGGACCAACUGCAUGACGCUGGUGGACAAGGUGGGCCGGGCCAACGACCUCACCAUUGACUACGCCGACCAGCGUCUCUACUGGACGGACCUGGACACCAACAUGAUUGAGUCAUCCAACAUGCUGGGUCAGGAACGGGUCGUGAUUGCCGACGACCUCCCACACCCCUUCGGCCUGACGCAGUACAGUGAUUACAUCUACUGGACAGACUGGAACCUGCACAGCAUCGAGCGAGCCGACAAGACCAGUGGCCGGAACCGCACCCUCAUCCAGGGCCACCUGGAUUUCGUGAUGGACAUCCUGGUGUUCCACUCCUCCCGCCAGGAUGGCCUCAAUGACUGCAUGCACAACAAUGGGCAGUGUGGGCAGCUGUGCCUCGCUGUCCCCAGCGGCCACCGCUGCAGCUGUGCCUCACAUUACACCCUGGACCCCAGUAGCCGCAACUGCAGCCCACCCGCCACCUUCCUGCUCUUCAGCCAGAAGUGCGCCAUCAGCCGGAUGAUCCCUGACGACCAGCACAGCCCAGACCUCAUCCUCCCGCUGCACGGGCUGAGGAACGUCAAGGCCAUCGACUACGACCCACUGGACAAGUUCAUCUACUGGGUAGAUGGGCGCCAGAACAUCAAACGAGCCAAGGACGAUGGGACCCAGCCCUUCGUUUUGACCUCUCCGAGCCAAAGCCAGAACCCGGACAGGCAGCCGCACGACCUCAGCGUUGACGUCUACAGCCGGACGCUGUUUUGGACGUGCGAGGCCACCGACACUAUCAACGUCCACCGGCUGAACGGGGACGCCAUGGGCGUGGUGCUCCGCGGGGACCGUGACAAGCCGAGGGCCAUCGUCGUCAAUGCCGAGCGAGGGUACCUGUACUUCACUAACAUGCAGGACCGAGCAGCCAAGAUAGAGCGCGCGGCCCUGGACGGCACCGAGCGUGAGGUCCUCUUCACCACGGGCCUCAUCCGCCCGGUGGCCCUCGUGGUGGACAACGUGCUGGGAAAGCUCUUCUGGGUGGACGCCGACCUGAAGCGCAUUGAAAGCUGCGACCUGUCAGGGGCCAACCGCCUGACCCUGGAGGAUGCCAACAUCGUGCAGCCUGUGGGCCUGACUGUGCUGGGCAGGCACCUCUACUGGAUCGACCGCCAGCAGCAGAUGAUUGAGCGCGUGGACAAGACCACAGGGGAUGCGCGGACACGAGUCCAGGGCCGUGUCGCCCACCUGACCGGCAUCCAUGCCGUGGAGGACGUCAGCUUGGAGGAGUUCUCAGCCCACCCUUGUGCCCGGGACAAUGGCGGCUGUUCCCACAUCUGCAUUGCCAAGGGUGAUGGGACGCCACGGUGCUCAUGUCCAGUCCACCUCGUGCUCCUGCAGAACCUGUUGACUUGUGGUGAGCCUCCGACGUGCUCCCCGGACCAGUUCGCGUGCGCCACCGGGGAGAUCGACUGCAUUCCUGGGGCCUGGCGCUGCGACGGCUUCCCGGAGUGUGAUGACCAGAGCGACGAGGAGGGCUGUCCGGUGUGCUCGGCCUCCCAGUUCCCGUGCGCGCGGGGCCAGUGCGUGGACCUGCGGCUGCGCUGUGAUGGCGAGGCCGACUGCCAGGACCGCUCGGACGAGGCGGACUGCGACGCCGUCUGCCUGCCCAACCAGUUCCGGUGUGCCAGCGGCCAGUGCGUCCUCAUCAAGCAGCAGUGCGAUUCCUUUCCUGACUGCGUCGACGGCUCCGACGAGCUCAUGUGCGAAAUCACCAAGCUGCCCUCGGACGACGGCCCGGCCCACAGCAGCGCCAUCGGGCCGGUUAUCGGCAUCAUCCUCUCGCUCUUCAUCAUGGGCGGGGUGUACUUCGUGUGCCAGCGCGUGGUGUGUCAGCGCUACGCCGGGGCCAACGGGCCCUUCCCGCAUGAGUACGUCAGUGGGACGCCCCACGUGCCCCUCAAUUUCAUCGCCCCCGGCGGCUCCCAGCACGGCCCCUUCACAGGCAUUUCGUGCAGCAAGUCCAUGAUGAGCUCCGUGAGCCUGAUGGGGGGCCGAGCCGGGGUGCCCCUCUACGACCGGAACCACGUCACCGGGGCCUCGUCCAGCAGCUCAUCCAGCACCAAGGCCACGCUGUACCCGCCAAUCCUGAACCCACCGCCGUCCCCCGCCACGGACCCCUCCUUGUACAACGUGGACGUGUUCUACCCUUCCAGCAUUCCCGCCACCGCCAGGCCGUACAGACCCUACAUCAUCCGUGGCAUGGCGCCCCCUACGACGCCCUGCAGCACAGACGUGUGUGACAGUGACUACAGCGCCAGCCGCUGGAAGGCCAGCAAGUACUACCUGGAUUUGAACUCGGACUCAGACCCCUACCCGCCUCCGCCCACACCCCACAGCCAGUACCUGUCGGCGGAGGACAGCUGCCCACCGUCGCCCGCCACGGAGAGGAGCUAUUUCCACCUCUUCCCGCCCCCUCCGUCCCCCUGCACGGACUCGUCCUGACCUCGGCCGGGCCACCCUGGCCUCUCUCUGCCCCUGUAAAUAGUUUUAAAUAUGAACAAAGAAAAAAUUAUAUUUUAUGAUUUAAAAAAUAAAUAUAGUUGGGAUUUUAAAAACAUGAGAAAUGUGAACAGUGAUGGGGGGUGGGCAGGGCGGGGAAAACUUUGUACAAUGGAGAAAAUAUUUAUAAACCUAAUUUUUUUAAACAUCAUUGCCAUUCUUUCAUGCCGUGUGUGUUGGAGCUGAGUGUCCCCACAGAGUGAACGCUGACCUCUGGCCCUCCCUGGACAGCUGUCGGAGUCCUGCACUUGUCCUCCUGGGCAUGGGCGUCUUAUCAUCUCCUUAUCAUCUCUCCUUAUCAUCUUAUCAUCUCCC